AUGAGAGUGUCACUCAUCGCCACCUUGGCUGGCGUCGCCGCAGCAGGCGCGUCGCCAUCGUACCAGCUCCUCCCGUCUCUACGCGACCAGGCCGUCCUACAGAAUGAAUGGGCGGCCGCGCGCCGCGCCGCCAUCCCGGCCCUCCUCCGCAAGCACAACAUCGACGCGUGGCUGAUAAGCCAGCGCGAGUACGCCGAGGAAACGGUCUUCUGGAGCCUCAAGUCGGCGACGCAGUUUUCGGCGCGGCGGCGCACCACGCAGCUCUUCCUGGCCGCGGGCAACGAGUCCAGCAGCAGCAGCGGUAGCGAGCCGCGCCGCGAAUACACCUGGGUCGACAACACGCCGCGGGUGUGGGAAGAGCUUCUCACCGUGCUCGAGGCGCACCAGCCGGCCACCAUCGCCGUCGACGCGCACCCAGAGAUUGCCUUCUCGUCGGGUCUGCACGCUGGAGAGCGGGAUGCCAUUACGGCGGCGCUGGGACCCGAUUGGGCGUCGCGGCUUGUCGUCGAGCCCAUGCUCGCGGUCGAGUACAUUGGCACGCAGGCCGUGGGCAGCGCCCGCAGCGACGGGUCCCGGCUUACCUGGUACCGGCGCAUGCAGGAGACGGCCUGGGCCAUCAUCACGACGGGCUUCAGCGAAGAGGUCAUCGUCCCCGGGCGCACCACGCCCCGCGACGUGGAGUGGUGGAUGCGCGAGCAGAUCCAGGCGCUCAACUACACGACGUGGUUUCAGCCCGACGUGACGAUCAUUCGCGAAUCCGAGUGGCCUGCGGCAGCCGGUAGCGACGAAGAAGACGGCGUCGACGCCCUCAAGGACGAGCCCAUCGCGUACGGCAACCUCUUGCACGUCGACUUUGGCGUCACCGCCAUGGGCCUCAACACGGACACGCAGCAUCUCGGGUACGUGCUGCGGCCUGGCGAGACCGAGGCUGACGGCGUGCCCGCGGGCCUGCGCGAGGGCCUGCGCAAGGGCAACCAGCUGCAGGACAUGACGCGCCGGCACAUGCUGCCCGGGCGGACGGGCAACGAGAUCCUGCAGGCCAUCCGCGCCGAGAUGGCCGAGGUGGGCAUCGACGGCAAGAUUUACUGCCAUUCCAUCGGCGACUGGGGCCACUCGGCGGGGACUGUCAUAGGCAUGACCAACCUCCAGGACAAAGUCCCAGUGCUGGGCGAUUUGCCGCUCCUCCCGCGCACUUGGUACAGCGUCGAGCUCAUGGCCCGCCACUACGUCCCAGAGCGCAACGUCACGCUGUCGUUUCCCCUCGAGGAGGACGUCUACUGGGUCGACGGCGAGGGAGACGGCGAGGGGAGCUUCGAGUGGGUGUAUGGCCGCCAGGAGCGGUUUCACCUCGUGAGGCCCAAGGCCGAGUGGCUGCAGGAGGAACUGUAG